CCUAAAACCAUCACAACCACCUUCUCUCUCUCUUGAGGUCAAUAGCAGAGACGAAACCUUUGAAGGCGUUCGUAUCGAUCUCUACCGCUUCUCACCGGCGAUCUCGAUUCCGGUAAGACCUUCCGAUACCUGUGAAUUUCUCACGGCUCCGAGGUCUAGGGUUUUCUUGGCCUGUCAAUCGCUGCAAUUUUUAAUUUCUUUUCCGAUUGGUGUUCCGAGAUCUGCAAUUGAUUUUCUGAUCGGAUAUAUAUAUUUUUCUGUGUAUUAUCUGUAUGCUCUGCUGAUUGAUCUAGGUUUGGAAGAAAAAGAAACCAAAAAAAAAAAAAAGAUUGAAUUUUUGAUUUUUAGGGUUUAGGAAGUGUUGAAAUUGGGGUUGAAACCUGUUGGGGAUAUAUUUUUGGGGGGUUUGUUGAUUUGUUUUGUAAUUGUUGAGUUUGAUCUUUGACUAAGAAGAGCUGUGGUUGUUAAUCUUAAUCAUAUGGCGACAGGGAGAGUUGACGUUUUUAGAAGAAGGGAUUCUCCUAAGUACUCCAAAAGAGAAUCUGAGUAUUAUAGGAACGGGUUCUCUGGUGUUAAGCUGAGCCAUGGCGGUGAUGGGGGUGUCAAAUAUAGGGAUGAAGUUGGCAAUUCAAGGAGGUCGGUUGAGAAUGGAAGGGGUCCUCAUCGGGAAGGGGUGGUUGAGUUACUUCCUGAGAAGAAGAGGAAGUUUUCGCCCAUUAUAUGGGAUAAAGAAGAGAAGAAAGCGAGGGCAUUAACAAGGAGUGGGGUUGUUCCUGUCUCGGCCAUUGCUCAUUCAUCACCUCGGAAGAGAUCAUCUUUGGAGGUCGGUGAGGUUGUCUCUGAUGGUCCUGCUUCAGAUAUUCAGUCUCAUGGAGAGGGGGUUUCUGAAUUCAAGCAUGAAAAUGUGGUUCCGUUACUCUCCGAAAAGAAGAGGAAGUCUCCUGUUACAAUUGACAGAGAAGAGAAGAAAGUGAGGAUAUCAUCAAAGAACAGAGUUGUUAAAGUUGUUCCAGUCAUUUCUUCUACAUCUCCUCGUCCUGCUCAAACCAAUGGGGUUGCUUCAAAGUCUCCUGCCUCAGAGAUUCAGCCUCAGGGAGUGGAGGUGUCUGAAGCUGAACCUUCUGUGGCUGAUGGGCUGGUGGAGAUUUCUCAUUUGGAACCUCCCGCUGAUGUGCAUACUCCACUAUGCAAAUCCGAGGCACAGAGUAACCUGAAUGACAAUGACCAGACUAGGAUCUCAUUGUCAAGAUGGGCAUCUGACACUGAUUCUCCGAUGGAUGAUCGCAGCUGCAACUCAACUCCAGAAAGUGGCGAAAUCCGAAGAGAAGACUCAGUUGGGCCUAGGAGCAGAACUUCUAGCUCUCAUGAAGAAAGCGACUCUGUCACUGGAGAAGAGAUUGGUGGAGUUGGUGGGAAUGCAAGUGGUUGCCAGCUGUAUCCUGACUCAGAGGAUGAUGAAUGUCUUCCUCAGAUUGAAGAGCCUGUGGUGCCAAGAGGAAGAAGUACAAACAUGCUUCAGGGAUGCAGAAGUGUGGCCGAGUUUACUAAACUAGAUGGGAUGCUGGGUGAAGGCACUUAUGGUGUUGUCUACAGAGCGAGAGAUAAACAAACCGGAGAAAUUGUAGCCAUUAAGAAGGUGAAGAUGGAUAAGUCCAAUGAAGGUUUCCCUAUUACAUCAUUGAGAGAAAUAAACAUUCUUUUGUCUUGUAAUCACCCUUCCAUUGUGGGUGUGAAGGAAGUUGUUCACAACGGUGAUGAUAUUUUUAUGGUUAUGGAGUGUAUGGAAUAUGAGCUCAAGCUUCUAACGGAGGCGACAAAACAGCCAUUUAGUAUAGGUGAAGUUAAAUACUUGAUGAGAAGUCUGUUGGAGGGUGUGAAGUAUCUUCAUGACAAUUGGGUUCUUCACAGAGAUCUGAAAACUUCAAAUAUUCUUUUAAACAAGGAGGGUGAAUUGAAAAUAUGUGACUUUGGUUUGUCACGCCAGUAUGGGAGUCCCCUGAAGCCAUAUACUUCCCUAGUGGUCACGUUGUGGUACAGGGCACCUGAACUUCUAUUAGGUCAAAAGCAGUAUUCUACAGCAAUUGAUAUGUGGUCAGUUGGAUGUAUAAUGGCUGAACUUUUGGCCAAGGAAGCACUAUUUCAAGGGAAAACCGAAGUUGAUCAGCUUGACAAGAUUUUCAGAACCCUUGGUACACCAAGUGAGACAGAUUGGCCUGGGGUAUCCAAAUUGCCAGGCUUCAAAGCUAUUCAGGUUAAACAACGGGAGAACCUUUUGCGCAAGAAAUUUUCUGGGACAUGCUUCACAGGAUCCCCAAUGCUCUCUGCUUCAGGGUUGGAUUUGUUGACAAAACUUUUAACAUACGACCCUGCAAAGCGGAUGACAGUGGAUGAUGCUCUUAGCCAUGACUGGUUUAAAGACUAUCCCGAACCCAGACCUUUCAAGCCUUCGCCUACUGUGCAUGACAGGUACAUGACCCUCAGGCAGCGUCAGGAAAGGGAGCAUGUGGAAAGGGCGCGUCGUGGAAAGCGUUAAUUUUUUUUUUUUUUUGAAUUAGCAGUUGAAGCCUGCUUACUGACUGCUUGAUCCUCUAGAAGAUACUGAAGAAGGUGCAAGGUUGCACUGUCUGCCUAUAUAAAGGUGUGGAGUAAUGUUGAGAAAAAACAGAAGACACUCAAAAAUAUUCAAUGUUUCAACCAAUGUGUACUUUAGUUUAAAUUUGAGUACAUAUUGGAUGCAAUGUUUUUAUUCCCAUA